AUGAGCUGCCAAUCCUUCCUCCCCGUCUCCCUUCACCAAGCAGAAGCGGAGGGCCUUGCCUCGACGCCCUGGUCUGUUGACUCUCCAGAGCGGUGCGAGGAACAUGACGAGAGCCUGUCUGUGUUCUGUUUGGAUGACCUGGAGCCUUUAUGUCAACUAUGUGCAGCUUUGAGCCACGCAGGACACAGAGUGUACCUCCUGACUGAGGCUGCGACUGACUGCAAGGCAGAGCUCAGAACAUCACUAAAUGGACUGAAGAGGAAGAAGACUGACUUUGAGAAAGUCGCUCAGACCUGUGAACAUGCAUUCGGACAUAACGAGGCUGAGGCCAAACUCGCAGAGGAGCUCAUGAAAAAUGAAUUUGAGAGUCUUCACCAGUUUUUGAGAGAUGAGGAAGCAGCCAAGCUACUUGCUCUCAGGGAGGAACGAGACGAGAAGAGGAGAAAUGCAGAAGAACAGGUAGACAGUAUAAUUCAGGUGAUACAAUCUCUGGAAGAGAAGAUCCAACUGGUGGAAGAAGAGCUAGAUGCAGAAGGAGACGGGGUUGGAUUUUUAGAGCACUAUGAAGACAUGAUGAAUAGUACAUGGAUAGAUGACAUGGAGCCUCUUGAGGUUUACAAACCUCUAAUAGAUGUGGCCAAACACGUGGGUAACGUAAAGUAUGCCGAGUGGGAGAAGAUGAAACACAUCGCCCCAUACACUCCAGUGACCCUGGACCCCAGGACAGCUGGUCAGUCCCUGAGGGUGUCUUCUGGGUUAAACAGUGUCCAUAUCAGUCUGGAUGUUAAUGUCCCUGUCCCAGCUAACCCUGAACGUUUCCACCCUUGUUCCUGCAUCCUGGCAAGAGAGGGCUUUGACUCAGGAGUGCACUGUUGGGAUAUUGAGGUUGGCGACACCAACAAUUGGACAGUUGGUGUUGCUGCUCAGUCAGUGUCCAGAAAAGCAGAGUUUGAGGCCUGUCCAGAGGCAGGACUCUGGUGUAUCAGCCUGCAAGAAGGAGAGUACCGAGCUCUGACCUCUCCUGCUCAGACCCUAUACUCAGACCACCUCAGCAGGGUCCGUGUGAAGCUGGACUGGGAUGAAGGGACGCUGGAAUUCAUAAACCCUGACACUGACACACAUCUUUUCAUGUUUAGACAUCGCUUUACUGAGAAGGUGUACCCUUACUUUCAGAGUAUAUCGCUGAGUGGGGGCUUUGCUUUGUUGGCACAAAGAGUGAAGGUCAACGUGGGGUCAGAUUAUGUCCCUGUGGAGGACACUGCUUUCACUGAGGAGCAUCAGGUAAUGAAAGGUGAAUCUUGUACUGAGGGAAACAAUAACUCCACAUCUGCCAACAGCAACAGAAAGAUGUCAGAGAGCGGACAUCUGAUGGAAGACAAAAACUUGCCAAUUUGUUCUCUGAGACAGGAGAAGAAAACCAAACCUCAGAGACGCACCUUGAAGGAGCAGCUCAUUAAAACAAAACCCGCUGGAAAUGAAAAGAUAAAAGACGACAAACCUGUUAUUCAUCAGAGCAGCAACCCCAGGUUCCUCAUGAGGUACGAGGUUUCACUGAGCAGAGCUCGUCAUCAAAAAUGA